CAUCAUUAUUCAGCUAUAAUUAAAAAAAAGUUUUCGUGACUAAUUUUUAGAUUACCUGACCUAUGUGGGCAUGAAGGCAAAUGAUUUGGAAUUUUAGGCGCAUACUGAAAAAGCAUAUGUCAUUUUCAAUGUUCUAAAGUUCAAAUAUGAAUGAGAAGGAAUCAAGUACUAUCAUUCCGGAUUGUCAACCAUGUCGAUAUGUUGGAACCGGAUUAUUUCUUUUCGUUGCUUCAUAUAUCUGGUAUAAUACACGAAAUACUAUUUAUAAUGGUGGCAUUUACAAAAGACUACCUUUACGUUUUAUUGCUGUUGGAUCGAUAUAUAUGUCCUUUGCGCGCUUCAUUUAUCUUCCACCAUUCAAACAUCUUGCGCCUAAGAAAUAA